AUGGUGAACGAGUCGACACCGUUGAUCCAGACGGUUCGCGUUGCGCCGCCGCGGAGGAGAUAUCGUCAUCACACUUGUCGACGAUUCUGCACCAUCGCCUGCACGUGUAUCCUCAUAUUGGGAUUCGCUUCCUUCCUUACCCACGUUUUUCUUAUCUGGCCUUAUCACCACCAUCAUGGCCGUCAUAGCCACUAUUCGCAGUCGCAUCAGCACGGCAAACGCCUGUCUCACGAAGACCUCCAGAAGAUUCUAUUAGAGACCCCAACUGCAGACCACGCACAAGAAUGGAGUCGGUAUUACACCUCUGGCCCUCAUUUGGCCGGCAAGAAUUUUUCGCAAGCAGAUUGGACCAGGGAGAAGUGGCAGAGCUGGGGUGUGGAUGCCAGUAUUGCCGAAUAUGAUGUCUAUAUCAACUAUCCCGUUGAUCACGGUCUAUCGCUUCUGAAGAAGUCUGACAAGGGCGACUCGUGGAAGCUCGAAUUUAAUGCUUCUUUGACCGAGCCAGUUCUGGAGGAGGACGCUACCUCGGCACUCGAGGAUCGUAUUCCUACCUUUCACGGUUACUCUGCCAGCGGCAACGUCACUGGUCAGUUCGUGUAUGUGAAUUACGGAACUUAUCAAGAUUACCAAGAUCUUGUCGACGCCGGCAUUGAUCUUAAGGGCAAAAUUGCCAUUGCCAAAUAUGGAGGCAUCUUCCGUGGUCUCAAAGUCAAGCGUGCUCAAGAACUGGGCAUGGUCGGCGCCUUGAUUUACAGCGAUCCCGGUGAUGAUGGUGAUAAAACGGAGGCGAAUGGAUACGAGCAGUAUCCCAAGGGCCCUGCCCGGAAUGAGGGCAGCGUUCAGCGUGGAAGCGUCCAGUUUUUGAGCACCCGCCCAGGUGAUCCCACUACCCCAGGCUAUCCAUCGAAACCGGGUGUUCCGCGAGCACCCGCCGACGACUCUACUCCAUCCAUUCCAUCCAUACCCAUUUCGUAUGCAGAUGCUCUUCCUAUCCUGAAGGCGCUGAAUGGACAUGGGCCAAAGGCAUCCGAUUUCAGUAGCUACUGGACAAGUAACCUUGGUCUUGGCUAUAAGGGCGUGGAAUACAAUAUAGGGCCCUCCCCGGACAACUUGGUACUGAAUUUGUAUAACGAGCAGGAGUACGUCACCACUCCUCAAUGGGACGUAAUCGGAAUCGUCAAUGGAACCAUCCCCCACGAGGUUAUCGUUGUCGGAAACCAUCGAGAUGCGUGGAUUGCUGGCGGCGCUGCCGACCCCAACAGUGGCUCUGCAGUUCUGAAUGAAGUUGUCCGUAGCGUUGGUAAGGCAGUGGAAGCUGGAUGGAAGCCUCUGCGAACCAUUGUCUUUGGCAGCUGGGAUGGUGAGGAAUAUGGACUGGUUGGAAGCACCGAAUGGGUGGAGGAGUAUCUCCCCUGGCUCACUGAAGCCAACGUCGCCUACAUUAACGUUGAUGUCGGUGCUUCUGGACCUAACUUUGGAGCCGCCGCAGCUCCUCUCCUCAACCAAGUGUUACGAGAAGCAACGCAAAAAGUACCAUCCCCGAACCAGACUGUCCCCGGUCAAACGGUUGGAGAUGUUUGGGAUGGCAAGAUCAGAACCAUGGGGAGUGGCAGUGACUUUACGGCAUUCCAAGAUUUUGCCGGAAUUCCCUCUAUCGACAUGGGCUUCAAAGCCGAUCCAAAUGGUCCUGUAUACCAGUACCACAGCAACUACGACAGCUUCCACUGGAUGAACAAGUAUGGCGACCCUGGUUUCAAGUACCACUUGGCCAUGUCAAGGGUCCUAGGCAUUUUGCUGUCAGAGCUGGCCGACACCAUUGUCAUCCCCUUUGGCGCGACAGAAUAUGCCGACGCGUUAGGCACAUACCUCGGCAAGGUAGAAGACAAGCUCAAGACAGGCGAGGACCCAGCCUCAGAAGAAGCCAUUUUCGCCAUGCGAGGAGCCGCCCACUCCAAGGACGUCAAGGGCAGUGCCGAUGCCUUUGAAGCCAGUCUAAAGAAGAUCCGCGUAUCUCUCAGUGAUCUCCGCGCCAAGGCCGCCAAGCUAGAUGAGCGUGCUGCGUGGGCCAACCAAAAGCUAGAGGACGGUCUUCCCUGGUGGAACAUUAUCGGCAAGAUCAAGCUGUGGACCACCAUCGCCAAACUCAAUAUUCAGUACAAGUUCUUUGAGAGACACUUCCUUUUUGAAGGAGGCCUGGACAACCGCAGCUGGUUUAAGCACGUCGUUUUUGCGCCUGGUCUGUGGACGGGCUACUCUGGAGCCGUGUACCCCGGUCUCAUGGAGAGUAUCGACGCCAAAGAUUAUACCAACGGUCUUAAAUGGGCGGGUAUCAUUGAUCGAUGUGUUGUCAGGGCCGCAAAGAGUAUUUAA